AUGUCUCAGAAACGAGGUAGAUCUGUAUCGCCGGCAUCACCUCCCCUUAUCUUUAAAUCUUCCCCCAUUGAAGAUCGAUCUUCCACAUUCCUCGCAUUUUACUCCCCCACUCUCGCGGCCAAGGAGCUACAAGCACACACCGAGUUCAAGAGUGCAAGCCAUCGCAUUGCCGCAUGGAGAAAGCCUAGCAGUCAGCGUUCGCUCAACGUGCAGCGUCUUUUGGACACCGGUCAUGAUGAUGACGGCGAGAAGUAUGGUGGCAAGGCUGUGGAGAAGGUCCUCAUCGAAACGGAUGUAGAAGGCGCAGUGGUAGUAGCCAGGUGGUACGGUGGCGUCAUGCUUGGUCCUAUGCGCUUUGACCACAUCAAGAAUGCUGCCCGCGAUGCCAUCAUGCAAUGGGCACAAGACAGGGAAAGGUCCGCCAAGAAGGCAAAGGUACGAGAAGAUGAGGCCCAAAAGGAAAGGCUGAUACAGACCCUCCCGGAAAGAGACCAAAGUAUUACAGUGUUGAGAGACUUGCUUGCCGGGAAGAGUCAGCAGCCGUCGUCCGCACCAAGUGGGGAAAGUACUCCGGCGAAGAGAACGGAUUAUUCCACUUUGCCACUAGCCACGCUUGAAAAGCUCGAGCGAGUGAGAGAUGCUACCAUUGGAUGGAUACUCAAGCAGAUAGAAAAGGCUGAGAACACACAGGUGGAGGAACCUGGUGCAAAGAAUGCAGCCAUACCAAAAGCACCAGGAGCGCCGAAAUCGUCGGCCCAUGUUGGUGCGCCCCCCGCAAAGGAAGAGAUAUCGAAGAUAGCAGAUCUUGGAAGUCAAGGUACGGAAGUUGCUCCGCCGAAACAUGAUGUUAUUUAG